CAGAAGGCCGCGAAAGCAGAGAGAAGCCAGGCUCAAAAAAAAAAUCUCACUAUAUUGCGAUUUCCGUCAGUGAGCAACGUCUCUGCUAUUGCGAUCUCUGGUCCUACGUCCAACAUCUCACUAGUCGCUCAUCAUUCAUCUCUGUUCUCUAUAUUCUAAACGAGUGCUACUGGUCAUCAAGUCCCCAAAAGAGUUAAUCUGAUUUUGUUUCAUAAACUUUCAAUCGGAAAACCAACUCUUUCAGGUUCAGUUGGGCCGCAGCAGAACAUGUUGGAACCGGGAGAGCGAGAGAAUAUUGAACCUGUAAAAAUGGAUGCAACAAUUACUACUCUGGAACCCGACUGUGGCGGUGGUGGCGGUCUCUGUAUUCCUGGGAAGGAUCGAGUUGUUUUUAGACAACCGGAGCGCAAAUCACUCCUUGGGCUGGAUGUGCUGGCAUGUGCAAAAAGAGAAAGAUCUACAAUUGAUCAAUCAUUUAAAGUCCCAAGAGAAAAAGCAGCUUCUGUUGUGUCAGCUAUAGAUGAAUACGAAGAGACUUCAACUGUGACUGGAGAAUUGGAAGGUGGUUCAUCGGGUGGUUUGUGCAGUCACACAAGUAGGCGUUAUCGUGAUAAUGUUUCUAGUGAGCAUUCUGUUUCAGGUUCUGUUGUUACUGAAGGACGAGAGACAGAAACGCUCUCAAGGCCUCACCUUGAUGAACACCAUCAGGUUUCAAAAUCAUCUACGGGAAGAUCAAGGACAAGUUCUUGGUAUGAUUCUGAACACGAAAGGGAAAGCAAAUACCAUGAUGCUUAUAGGAGAAAAAGUAGAGACACUCGGAGAGACAGCGAUCAUGGUGAGGAGUAUCGGCACAGGGAAUCAUCACGUAAUUUUCGAAAUGAGUACAAUGAUGACAGCAGGAGAAAAAGAACUAGACAUGAAAGCCCCAGGAAUACACAUGGAAGAUCUAGCUGGGAUGAUGGCAAAUGUGAGUGGGAUGAUACACCUCGCCGGGAUAGUUCCUCUUAUAGUAGCAGGCGGCGCCACGAUCCUUCACCAUCACCUAUGUUUAUUGGAGCCUCACCGGAUGCACGAUUGGUUUCCCCAUGGCUGGGAAGCCAUACACCUCGUUCUGGAGCUGCUUCUCCUUGGGACAGCGUAGCUCCAUCGCCAACUCCUGUACGAGCAUCAGGCUCUUCUGUAAGGACGUUAGGAUCUCGAUAUGGUGGGAAAUCCAAUCGGGGUUGUGUAUCUACUAACACUGCUGUGUUGUCUGAGGAAGGAGAUGACAAAGUAAGCAGGUCAGAAGACAGCAAUCAAGAGAUCUCUGAAAGUAUGCGUAUGGAGAUGGACAACAAUUCUGAUCGCGCAUGGUAUGAUAGAGAAGAAGGGAGCAGCGUGUUUGACAUGGAUAGGUCAUCACUGUUUUUAGGUGAUGCAGCAUCUUUUCAAAAGAAAGAGGCUGAGCUGGCUAAAAGACUUACUCGGAAGGAUGGCACAAAGAUGUCACUUUCUCAGAGCAAGAAGCUAUCACAGCUAACUGCAGACAAUGCGCAGUGGGAAGACCGUCAGCUUCUGAGAUCAGGAGCUGUUAAAGGCACUGAGGUGCAAACAGAAUUUGAUGAUGAGGAUGAAAGGAAGGUUAUCCUCCUAGUCCAUGAUACAAAACCCCCCUUUCUGGAUGGAAGAAUUGUCUUCACAAAACAAGCUGAACCAGUAAUGCCAAUCAAGGACCCUACAUCAGAUUUGGCCAUAAUAUCCAGGAAAGGCUCAGCUCUUGUUCGUGAAAUACACGAAAAACAAAGUAUGCAUAAAUCUCGUCAACGGUUUUGGGAACUUGCUGGAUCAAAACUUGGUGAUAUCUUAGGGGUUGAAAAAACAGCUGAACAGAUUGAUGCAGAUACUGCUGCAGUGGGUGAACAAGGUGAGGUUGAUUUCAAGGAAGAAGCUAGGUUUUCACAGCACCUAAAGAAAGGGGAAGCAGUGAGUGACUUUGCGAAGUCCAAAACACUCUUGCAGCAGAGGCAGUAUUUGCCCAUAUUUUCUGUUCGGGACGAGUUUAUGCAGGUUGUUCGAGAAAAUCAGAUUGUGGUAGUUGUCGGAGAAACUGGUUCAGGGAAGACUACACAAUUGACCCAGUACCUACAUGAAGAUGGCUACACAAAGAAUGGGAUAGUUGGUUGCACCCAACCUAGGCGUGUAGCAGCUAUGAGUGUCGCAAAGAGAGUUAGUGAAGAAAUGGAAACUGCGCUUGGGGAUAAAGUAGGAUAUGCCAUUCGUUUUGAAGAUGUGACUGGGCCAAACACUGUUAUCAAGUACAUGACAGAUGGUGUGCUUCUACGGGAGACGCUAAAGGAUUCUGAUCUUGAAAAGUACAGUGUCGUUGUGAUGGACGAAGCACAUGAGAGAUCAUUAAACACUGAUGUGCUGUUUGGCAUACUUAAAAAAGUUGUUUCUCGGCGUCGUGAUUUUAAGCUUAUUGUGACGUCUGCCACGCUGAAUUCACGGAAAUUUUCCGACUUUUUUGGAAGUGUACCAAUUUUCAACAUUCCGGGUAGAACAUUCCCCGUUCAACACAUGUACAGCAAAACUCCUUGUGAAGAUUAUGUAGAGGCUGCAGUAAAGCAGGCUAUGACCAUUCACAUAACUAGCGCUCCGGGUGAUAUACUCAUAUUCAUGACUGGUCAAGAUGAGAUUGAAGCUACAUGUUAUGCACUCCAAGAGCGAAUGGAACAGUUAGUGACCUCAACUAAACAAGCUGUAGCCAAUCUACUCAUCCUUCCCAUCUACUCCCAACUACCUGCUGAUUUGCAGGCUAAGAUAUUUCAGAAGGCCGGGGAAGGAGAACGCAAAUGCAUUGUCGCCACAAACAUUGCCGAAACAUCAUUAACCGUUGAUGGAAUUUUCUAUGUGAUUGAUACCGGCUACUCCAAGAUGAAGGUGUACAAUCCGCGCAUGGGUAUGGAUGCCCUUCAAGUGUUUCCAGUCAGUCAAGCAGCGGCAAACCAGCGAGCAGGGCGGGCUGGUAGAACCGGGCCUGGAACUUGCUACCGACUCUAUACCGAGAGUGCAUACUUGAACGAGAUGCUUCCAAGCCCUGUACCAGAAAUCCAAAGGACAAACCUUGGAAAUGUCGUAUUACUGCUAAAGUCUCUCAAGAUCUCAAAUUUGUUAGAUUUUGAUUUUAUGGAUCCACCGCCUCAGGAAAACAUCCUCAACUCCAUGUACCAGCUGUGGGUAUUGGGCGCGCUUAGUAACGUCGGUGACCUAACUGGUCUUGGCUGGAAAAUGGUGGAGUUCCCGUUGGACCCGCCUCUUGCUAAGAUGCUUCUGAUGGGAGAACAACUGGAGUGCUUGAACGAAGUCCUCACCAUUGUGGCAAUGCUUUCAGUACCAUCGGUUUUUUUCAGACCCAAGGAUCGGGCAGAAGAGAGUGAUGCUGCCCGGGAGAAGUUCUUUGUACCAGAAUCAGAUCAUCUCACACUGCUAAAUGUGUACCAGCAAUGGAAGGCAAAUCAGUACAGGGGCGAUUGGUGUAACGAUCAUUUCUUACAUGUCAAAGGUCUGCGUAAGGCAAGGGAGGUGAGAUCUCAACUGCUGGAUAUCCUCACGACGCUCAAAAUCUCCCUCACCUCAUGUGGCCCGGACUGGGAUAUUGUGAGAAAGGCAAUCUGCUCUGCAUAUUUUCACAAUGCAGCUAGACUUAAGGGUGUGGGUGAAUAUGUAAAUUGUAGGAAUGGAAUGCCAUGUCACCUGCAUCCCACCAGUGCACUUUAUGGGUUGGGUUACACGCCAGAUUAUGUUGUGUAUCAUGAGUUGAUAUUGACGACAAAGGAGUAUAUGCAGUGUGUUACGUCAGUUGAACCGCAGUGGUUAGCUGAGAUGGGCCCCAUGUUUUUCUCUGUUAAGGACUCGGAUACUUCCAUGUUAGAACACAAAAAGAAACAAAAGGAAGAGAAAACAGCCAUGGAGGAAGAACUAGAAAAUCUGAGGAAUGUGCAAGUGGAGAAUGAGAGAAGAAAGAAAGAAAAAGAGAGGGAAAAGAGGGCGAUGCAACAACAACAAAUUUCAAUGCCUGGCUUGAAGAAAGGCACUUACCUCAGACCAAAGAAACUUGGUCUUUAAAAGCUGUACCAUUUUUGAUGUAGUAUUAAUAGAGUAGUAGAUAUAUUACACCUACACUAUUCACUAUUCUUCCUAUAAACUAACUUCAGCAAGGCUUGUGUAAGGUAUCUCAUCCGGCAAGAUGGGCCGAUGGCCUGAUGCGCUUGUUUAAAAGAAGGAAAAUUGACAAGAUUAAUCCCUACAUUCUCCAAUUAAUCAAAAAUAAUCCCUACUUCAACUUUU